AUUUCUCUUAGAUAGUGUUCCGAGUGUUUCGUUAUAGUUUAACAAAUAUUGAAACAAUUAUCCCAUUAUUAACGACGAGACGAAAAUAAUUAAAACAUAACAAUAACGCAAUAAAUUCAAUUUUCAAAAAAAAAGACUCGAGAGAACGAUAAGAUGCUUUCAUAUUCAUGCAUGAUGCGCACUUGUCAUUGUUAUCAAAUGUUGAACAAGGAUAAAUAUAUGUUACAUCCUGCGCAUCAUGCGUGAAACGAAAUGUACAUACCCGAAGAUCCGAUGUCGGACAAACUUUCUCGGUGAUUUGCAGGAGGGCGUUAAGGUACGUUUUAGCCUUUGUGUCUUUGAAUAUCUCAUCACGAUAUCAUCGAUGGUUUUUAUGCCCAAUGGCGUAGGAAGCGUGUGGAAGCCACGGUGUGUUUUGCAAUAUCAGCUGAUGGACUUGAUGAACUCUUCCGCGUUGUAGGAAAAAAAGAAUACUUUCAUAUUUAAUAUUUACAUAAACAUGGGUGGAGCUGUAAGCUGUGGGCAAGAUAAUGAUGAAUUAAUUGAUAAUUUAAUGGUAUCGGGAUAUAUCAGAACGAAGAAGGUGGAGCAAGUUUUUAGAGCUAUAGAUAGAGCAGACUACGUUUUAUCCGCUUAUCGAGAUGGUGCUUACAAGGAUCUAGCUUGGAAACAUGGAAAUAUACAUUUAUCGGCCCCUUGUAUAUAUAGUGAAGUGUUAGAAGGACUUAGUUUAGAACCUGGGCUAAGUUUCCUGAAUCUUGGAUCAGGAACUGGCUAUCUCAGCACAAUGGCAGGACUGUUGAUAAAACAACAUGGAGUAAACCAUGGCAUUGAGUUACAUGAAGAUUGCUUGAGAUAUGCGUAUGAAAGAUUGGAGGAAUUCAAGCAAAUGUCAUUGGCUUUAAACGAGUUCGAUUUUUGUGAACCUGUAUUCAUACAAGGAAAUUGUCUUAGCAUCAUACCUGGCAGGCAAUACGAUAGGGUAUAUUGUGGUGCAGCGUGUCCCGAGAGUCAUGAGGCAUUUAUUAAGCAAUUUGUACGUGUUGGAGGUAUACUAGUAAUGCCUUACAAAGAUCAAUUACUGCGUAUACAUAGAGUGGAUGAGAACACAUGGGCGGAGGACACAAUGCUUCCCGUAUCCUUUGCGACUCUAGUCGUACCUCCGUCCUCGGAGCACAAUAUGUUUCAUUUACCGGAGUGCAAUCCCUUAUCUCUGCAAGAGCUGUGUCGCGGUAAAAUUCGACAUACUUUACGUCACAAUAUCUGGUACGAGCACCCCGAGCUCGAGACCGUGAAACCUGUGUUACCGGUACAUCAAAGACAAAGUGCGCAACAACAUACUCUGAGACGGUUCGUAAUACCGAUUUUCGAAGAAUCUGAUGAAGCUUUAACCGACGACGAACAAGAACUUUCUGCACAAGCACGUUUCUUAUUGAAUGCGCGUCUCGCUGACGCUCAGCCUGGAGAAGCCAUCACGACGAGCUUGCAAUUGGUACGAGCGGUUAUACAACCGAAUCAGAACAGUGACGAUAGUGAAGAAACUCGACAAGUUUUGAAUGUAAAUAACCACGAGAGUACUCGAGAUGUUGGUGUAAAUACAGAUUUCCCUGCACGGCAGCAGAGACGAAAAUCCGCCGCGAAAAAUACUGUUUCGAGUGCGAACGUGGACGACACGAAUGCAGGUCCUCACAGUUCCUCCGUAGCCACAGAACGACAAGAUACGAGCGAUAACAACAACGGAGCGGAGGAGGAGCGGAGUAAAAGAGACACAGAAAAAUUCAGUGUGGCCACGUACUACAACAUGAGCGACAGUGACAGCGACAGCGAUGCCGAGCAGGAGAGUGCUUUUGCCCAGCGCAAGAAGAUCGCGAAGCGCGAAAAAACCGACAGCGGCAUAGUGGACGACGUGAAUUUGAGCAACGACGAUAGCAGCUCCAGCUCGAGCACCAAUCACUCUGAUUCGGAUAUCACCGAUACCACGGACGCGGGCGACGCGAUGGAUGUGGAUCUACCCGAGAUCGCGAUUUACAAGUCGUGCGGCAACACGUGCUCCCGCACAACGAGAGGCUCUAGUACCGGCAAGAAGAACGUAACCGUCGCGCAUUAUGUAGAUAGCAACACGUUCGCCGUGUACAUGAGGGAAAAGAUCGAACAGUUACCGUUGCCUUUUUCAAUAAAACUGUAUAUGAAUUAUAAUCGGAAAUUAUAAUCGAAUAUAUAUCACGUUAUUCUUAUUUAAAGAAAUACAUAACUUUUUAUUAUAUAAUGAUCUUGCGCUGUUUUGUCUUUUUUUUUUCUUUUUUUUUUCUAUCGUAUAUAUGCGUUUCGUUCAAACUUGCGUAACCCGCACGAGUGUUCUCUAUGCCCUGAGUGAUAUUUUCAAAACGAACUAUAGAUAUCGCGUUUCGUAUCUUACGACGCUUAAUCGUCGUUGAUAUACCUAGCGCAGUAGACACAUCUGUAGAUAACGAUGAAUCAUUGACAUACGACCUUGUCAGCGUCGAAUUAUCUAACGUUCCUACAUCUUACAAAACUUUUAUUUUAACCCGUAAUUGUUCACGUGGGAUCUAAACUGAUCCAGAUGCAAGCUAUAAAUUUCAUAAUAUUAUAUAAUAAAAUAUUUUUAAGAAUCAAUUUUUUUCUAAUGCUUUUUAAUGAAAAAUUAUUUUUACAUUUAUAUUCGAAAUGUUUUAAUUUGUAAUUGCAUAUAAAGACAAAAAACGAAUAAAAUAUAAAUACAAUAGAUCCUUGCAUGGGCACUUAUGGGUUAAUCUCCUCAUUAUUUUGCGAAAUAAAUAGAAACAAGGUAUAUAGAAUCGUACAUGUAUAAUGGGGAUAUUUAUAGGGAUGAAAUUAUUAAAAAGAUUAAAGUCUCAUAAUUUUA